AAUGGGUUGCUUUUGAUGAUCAAUGUCCCCAUAGACUUGCCCCUUUGUCAGUUACCUGCUGACUUAGAUAAACCUGAGUUCUCAACGGUGAUAAUUCAGCAUGAUUUGCUCUACUGUUAUGAUACCCUCUUGGAGAAUGUUUCUGACCCUUCGCUCAUUGAUUUUUCUCACCACAAGGUUACAGGAAGGAGAGAUAGAGCCAAGCCUUUGCCGUUUAAGGUGGAGUCUAGUGGCUCCUGGGGCUUAGCUGGAACCAGUGAUGGGAACCCCCGGAUCAGUGCUGAGUUUGUCGCACCUUGUUAUUAUAUGAAUAAAUAUAUGGUAUUUAUAAAAGGCAACAAAUUACAAGCUAUUGAGGCAUGGCUACCCUGCCCCACAGAAAAAAAGGUCAAUGUUUCCCAUGCAUAUGUUCAAGUUAAUGAGGAGCAACAUUCUGUUUUGGAGCAGUUUCAUGACACGUGUUGUGCAAUAUUGAAAAAGAAAGAGGAAAAAAAGACUUCUAUUGUAAAAUGUGGUUCCAAGAUGGCAUGAGCAUUGGACUUCAAAUAAGGUAUACAAUGGAGAUAUGAUUGUCCUUCAGGGCAAGAGAAGAUAUUUCUUUCACAAUCCAUGGGAGGUUCUGCUGCUCAUGUUCACACACACUCAAGCAGAUCGCUUUGUGUCGGCAUUUUGUAGUUGGCUGAGGUGACAUGGCAACAGUCAACCCGUGUGGUUUGGGUUCACCUACCAACAACCUUUGCCAUCAGCAGUUUUAUCAAAACACGAGGUGUUGGAUAGAUUUGAGCAACUCUCGUCGUGUAAAGGGCUUAUGGAUUCCCUCAGAUCAAUUUCGAGCUGUUUUGGCUGCCUUUGCACUAGUCAGUGCUGGCCUCACUUACACUUUGAAUCAGCAUGAAAGAACUGUGUUUAUUGAUCAUGAUCAUUAUUAAAUAUAGAUGGUCGAUUGUAUAAGAAAUCUUUGUUAAUGUAAUCAAUCUUUUCUUGCC